UCUCCGGCCUCCCCCCUGUGCUGCAGUUACUGUGGUGGAGCCUGCGGUGGUGUAGAAAGGAAUGCGCCCCCCUCCCUCCCUCCAGCUCCUUCCCCGUCACUCCGUUGUGCUCCUGUCUCCCAGGCUCCUCCAUUCCCGGUCCUGCUGCUGCAUCAGUCUGUAGCUGUGCCUGGCAGUGCCCUGUCUCUGUUCCACCUUCCUCUUCUUCUCUCCCAGCUCAUCUCUAUGAUGUGACUCUUCCUUCCAUCCUCCCCCAUUUCUUUGGCUGAUCCUCCCCCUCCUUCCUUGUGUCAGUUGUGCAGUGCAGAGCCAUGAAUCCUUUACUGACUCCCAACCUGCUCCUGCUCUCCUCAGAUUCCCCCCUACAGCUGGUGGAGAGCCCCUUAUCUCCCCCCCAGGGCUCCCUGCUGCUGGGGGGUUCCUAUGCUCCAACUGGGGGGGCCAGCGCUUUACGCAAUGACUUUGGCUCCAACAUCAACGUCCUGAAGACCCUGAACCUCCGAUUCCGUUGCUUUUUGGCCAAGGUGCAUGAGCUGGAACGAAGAAACCGCUCCCUUGAGAGGGCGUUGGAGCGAGCGCAAGGGGCGGGACCUAUAACCAGGGACCAGGCUGUACAGACUGGAUUUGUGGGACCCAUCUUGCCUCCACCAUUACUGGGGCUCACUCGUCCCUGCCCUGCGCCUCCCCCCCAGCCAUGGGUAUAUGGAGCUCACAGGCUGGGGACCCGGUGUGAUGUUGCCUCGGUAAGUGGAGCGUACUGGGGACACUCAGAUGGAGUCGGGGUUCAGAUUGACACAAUCACCCCAGAAAUCCGGGCUCUUUACAAUGUGCUGGGCAAGGUGAAGCGAGAGCGAGACGCAUACAAGCAGAGGUGGGAGGAGGAAUACACAGCCCGUGUUCAGCUGCAGCAGAGGGUGACGGAACUAGAUGAGGAAGCCCAGGAGUCUGCUUUAUAUCAAGAAGAACUGGCCAUGAAAGUGAAGCAGCUGAAGGCUGAGCUGGUCAUCUUCAAAGGUUUAAUGAGCAAUAACCUGACCGACCUGGACACCAAAAUCCAGGAGAAGGCCAUGCGGGUGGAUAUGGAUAUUUGCCGCAGAAUUGACAUCACGGCAAAGCUGUGUGACGUGGCUCAGCAACGAGGCUGUGAGGACAUGAUAAACAUGCUUCAGACUGCCCAUCUCUCGCCUAUGAAGGUUUUGGGGAGAAGAAAAGAGAGGAAACCGGCUACUGACGACGAGACGUCGGUGUGUGACAGUGAGAGCGCUAGAGGAGGAGAUGAAGAUGAAAGCACAGCAAUGAGUAUCAAUGAGGAGAUGCAAAGAAUGCUCAAUCAGCUGCGGGAGUAUGAUUUUGAGGAUGACUGUGAUAGUCUUGCGUGGGAGGAGACGGAGGAAACCCUCUUACUGUGGGAGGAUUUCUCUGGAUAUGCCAUGUCUGCAGUGGAGACUCAGGGGGAGACACAGGAGGACAGUCUGGAAGAGGUGAUCAAAGACACAGAAUCUCUGUUCAAGAAUCGAGAGAAGGAAUAUCAGGAAACAAUCGGCCAGAUAGAGUUGGAACUGGCCACGGCCAAGAACGACAUGACCCGACAUCUACAUGAAUAUAUGGAAAUGUGCAGCAUGAAGAGGGGGCUAGACGUGCAGAUGGAGACGUGCAGGCGCCUGAUGAACCAAUCAGAUGAGAGGUCACCGCCACCCAGUAGUGACUCAGCCUGUAACGAGGAUCCUGAGGACUCUGAUCGGGACCCCCCGUCCUCUGACAGUUCAGCCAGAUGAUGGGGGAACAGGAUACUCCCGCCCCACCAUCACUCCAUACCCUGCACUUCCCAGCACUGCCAUUGAAACUGUCACUCUGGGAGCCUGGUGCAGGCAGUUGCACUCCGUCACAUAGUGUUCAGGACAGAUGGGAGUUGAAUGCUGCAAGAUGCUUGAUAUAUAUAUAUAAAUCGAUAUAUAGGGUGGGGGGUGCUGAAUAAGUAUAUACUGUAUGGGCUGC